CCCGGCCAAUCGAGCAGUGAAAUUUUGAGUUUCGUUUCGCAAAGCCAGCCAGCCAGUCCGCAGGAGCAGUAAUCGAAUGGGAGCCAUGUUGGUCAAGGUCUUGAUGUUCGCAUUGUGGCUCGUGGCCCUUAGUCAGGCGAAGCCCCAGCUGUUGGUCACGACGCCAGUGAGUUAUGCCACCGGAGCGGGUGCCUCUUGGCUGGCUCCCUCCUCCGCCGCCUACUAUCCGGCGUAUGCCAGCUAUCCGGCCUACGCGGCGUAUGCGUAUGCACCGGUUUAUGGCGCAUACGCCACGUAUCCCUACUACUCGUAUCUAGGGCGGUGAAUCCUGCUGCUGCGGGCCAACUGGAAUACUAGGUGAAUUUGUAGGUAUUCCGGGCUUGUGUACAGUGGCAGCAAUGUUCUAGAAGCAGUGUGAUUGGAUUUACAAACGUAAGCUGCGUGUAAGAAAUUAAAAUCUAUAGCAUUCUUUUAAAAUUGAAGAUUGGCCCACCUUUAUAUAUUUUUUAGGAUUAUUAAUAAACAAGCCUUGUAUAAAUAUAACAAAUAUAACAAAAUCUAAUACAAUAAAUAUCUGUCAACUCGAAAAGUGCUUAUCUAAAU